UGGUUAACGGCGUAAUACUCAAUUACGUGGAAAUUCCUUUUCGUGUUUUAAAAUUAUUCAUAUCUUCUUUUUCUAUUGGACGCAGAGUAUUUUCUUUGGCUUAUUACUUUUCUUUUCUCCCUUGUACUCAUUGAUUUAAUAAAUAAAUAAUAAAAGUCUGCCGAAGACUUCGAUUUUUCAAUUCUUCCGUUGGCUCUUUCUUCUUCAGAUCACCACUUCUUCUUCUCCUUAUUAUAAUUAGCAGAGCCGGCGGCCUCGCGGAAGUCGCUGCUCUUGCUCUUCUUCUUCUUCUUCGUCUCCUUCAAUUUCUCUGUGAGUUGUGUACGGAACAGUAACAGCAGCAGCCAUGCCGUCGCAGGAGUACAUGGACAAGAUGCAGGGGCGCCAGAACUAUCGAAAUCUCUGGCACUCUGACCUCAUGAGCACCAUUCAGGCUGACACUCCCUAUUGCUGCUUUGCGGCUUUUUGUGCGCCAUGUGCAUCAUACUUGCUCCGCAAACGGGCUCUCUAUAAUGACAUGUCAAGAUAUGUAUGCUGUGCUGGUUAUAUGCCCUGUAGCGGUAGGUGUGGGGAAAGUAAAUGCCCUGAAUUUUGCCUAGCGACCGAGGUUUUCCUGUGCUUUGGGAAUUCAGUGGCCUCAACCCGCUUUUUGUUGCAAGAUGAAUUUAAUAUACAGACAACGCAAUGUGAUAAUUGCAUUAUUGGUUUCAUGUUCUGUCUACAACAAAUUGCGUGCAUUUUUUCCAUUGUUGCAAUGAUUGUUGGAAGUGAAGAAAUCUCAGAGGCAUCUCAGUUACUGAACUGUUUGGCUGACCUGGUGUAUUGCACGGUCUGUGCAUGUAUGCAGACCCAACACAAGAUCGAAAUGGACAAACGUGACGGCAAGUUUGGGCCACAACCUAUGGCAGUGCCUCAAUUCCAGCAGAUGUCUCGCAUUGAUCAGCAAGUUCCUCCCUCAGUUGGGUAUCCACCUCAACCGGCAUAUCCACCUCAGCCGGCGUAUGGGCAACCUUAUGGCUAUCCACCUCCCCAGCAGGCUCAAGGCUAUCCACCAGCUGGUUAUCCUCCAAGUGGCUAUCCACAUUCUGGCCAUUAACUCUAGGUGAUUUUUGAGUUCGAAUCACCAUUUGUGGUGGCCUCUGUAUUCAAUUGUGUUACAUGUUGUUGGUUUGCAAGUAUUGUCACCGUGAAGUUCCAACUUGUGCAUCGACCGUGGCUCUUCUUGGAGUUUACUUGCCAGAUGGUUGACUGAUACAGUUAUUUUAUGUUUUUUGGUGCUUUGCUUUUUCACCACCUUAAACUUGAACAUUCAGAACCUUAAUAUACAGACGCGAGCUUCUUGUCCAUCAUUU